GCCCACCGCGCCUGGCUGCUGGCGGCGGUGCUGUGCGGCGCGCAGCGGCCGCUGCCCGGGGCGCAGGGCUCGAGGCCGCCCAGCGCGGCGCCAAGCCGCGCCGGGGAGGCGGGUCCGCCGGGCACGCCAGAGCGGCCAGGCACCGCGGCCUCCUCAGGCGCCCGCAGCAGCCGCUCGGACGCCUCGGAUGCAUCGGGCGCCCGGUGGCGCGAGGCGCAGGAGGUGGCGGAGGAGGCGGCGCGGGGCGUGCCCCGCUCCUACGACCCCGCCGGCGCCGAGGCGGCGAUGCAGGUGCUGAAGGUCCUGGGCACGAAGAUGAAGUCCCACCUGGUGCUCAUGGAGUACCUGGCGCGGGUGUCCAGGGCGUGCGACGCGCUGCAGCAGGCCGACGUCGUGAGGCUCGCCGAGGAGUGCGUCGCCUCCCGACUGCGGGCCUUCCGCCAGCGCCUGGCCCUCUUCCUCCGCACGGAGCAGGAUUCGGGAGACCGCUCUACAGCCAGCUCGCUGGAG